AUGGAGAAGGCUGCGGGCAAUCAGGCAGGGAAAGUCUUGAAGAAGGGAAAGAAGAAGCAGGCGGCGAAGGAUGAGCUGGACCGCCAGAAGCAGGCUGAGAAGAAGAGGCGCCGGCUGGAGAAAGCGCUCGCAAACUCUGCUGCCAUCAUCUCGGAGCUGGAGAAGAAGAAGCAGCAGAAGAAAGAGGAGCAGGAAAGGCUGGACGAAGAAGGCGCUUCGAUAGCCGAAGCGGUCGCUCUUCAUGUCCUCAUAGGUGAGGACUCCGAUGAAUCCCGCCAUCUGGCGCUGAACAAGCACAGAAGAUGCAACGACUGGGACCCCUCGGCCGGUCUGGAUUUCGCUCUGGACACGCAAGGCGCAGCCGAUAUCUACUCCCCCGGUGGGCUCAUGUGCGCCAAUCAAGCUUAUGCUUCCAGGGGUCAUCGGUGGAUCGACUGGGGCAACGCGCAUCCGCUGCCAACCUGGGGGGAAGUGAGGGACCUGAAAGCGUCCUACCACCAAGGAACGUUCCACCAGUCGACAGUCGCCUGCCCGGGCUUCAUGGCCGCCCAGGCCGUCUCGUCGCUGCAGAUCCGAGAAGACUCGUCCUCUCCGGGCCAGGGAGUCGCCGCCGCGACCGUCGUUAAUAGGAUGCUCGGCGGCGCCAACGGGCUCAACCUUUACAGGGAGAUGUGA